AUGGUUGGACUAACAUUAGUAUGGGCAAAGGAACCAAAUAAUAAUUAUUGGUGGCCUGGAAAGCUUACAAAGUUGAACUCUGAAUUGGAUACAGGUGUCAAUGACAAAAGAAGACAAGAUUGUCUAUUAAUCCAUUUCUUUGGAAGUCAUCUAAUACACUGGAUCAAAGAAGUAAAUAUAAAGGAGUACUCUGAUGAGUAUAUGAAUCAAGACUUGCCACGCAGUCUAUCAGAGCUGUUUAGGACUGCUUUGAGAGAGGCCGAGGAAGCGUUGAUUGAAGAUGGCGUUGGUGGUGGUGGAGGCGGUGGAAGGUCAGUUGGAGGCACGCCAUCAGGAAGAAGGAGCAUUGACUUCACAUAUAGUACAAGUGCAAGCAGCAACAGCAACAGCAACAGUAACAACAACAGCAACAACAAUAGUAGACAUGAGAUGAUGAUAUGUGAGGAGGACGAUCAACACAGCUCAUCAGAUCACCAUGUACAUAAUGACGAAGACUAUGCAAGUGAUGACUUUGACUCACAUAUCCUAACGAGAAUGAAGCGUGCUCGUGAUGAUAGUGGUGGUGGCAAGUCAUCAACUCAACAACAUCAAGAUGAUGAACAUCAUCAACAACAACAGCAGCGUCAAACAUCAAGAUAUCAUCCUCCUCAUAAUCAUCACUCAAGUCAACAACAACAACAACAUCAACAACAUCAUCAACAACAACAGCAUAAUAACAAGUUACCACUUAUUGCUCCAAGACAAUCAACAAAUGUCCAUGGCGGUGGUGAUGGAAUGUCAAUCAGAAUGAUACAUCCAAGUGAGCUAGAGCCAGAUGAUCAUGAAGACAAUGACCAUCAUCAUAGUCAUCAUAGUCAAGUGGUGCACCAUGAUGGAGCCAGCGAGUAUACUACAUCAUCACAACCAAUGAAUAAGAAGCAUAGGGUCCAUGGACAGUAUGACGCCUUGCCUCAUCAGAGAGAGGCGGUGCACCAAGUAACCUCAGCUCAGUUUGAGGACGAAGAUGAGGAAGAGAAUGAUAGGUCAUCAUCAUCAGAGAAUGAGUCGUCAGUCCAACUGCUUCAUCAUCAUCAGCACCAUCAAUCCAAGCCAUCUCAAUAUCACAUGAUGGCCAACGACAUGUCAUCCACAUCACCCAUGUUGAGUUCAAAGAGGCCACAUCAACCGCUAGCACAACAACAACAACAACAGCAGCAACAACAACAAUUGCAGCAACAGAUGGCCAAGCCACCAAGGUCACCUGGCUUAAGUUCCAGGACCAAGCCAGUAUUGCUCACAAAUAGUCCAAGCCCUUCAACAACAACAUCUACUACUACAUCGGCCAAUCCAACUUAUGUUGCCAGGGCCAUGGCAUCGCCCCAGACACGAUCCACUCCGGCUGGCGCAACAAUUGUACCACAUCCAAUGCUCCAACGAUCAAACAUGCCGAGCAGCUCACCAGUGUUGCCAUCUAAGCUACCUCAAUCAGUUGUCUCGGCAUUGCUUCAGAAGAAGGCGUCGAUACAGGCCAACCCGAAUGUGCCUACGACCGCCCAACUACUUGGUGCGCCCAACCCACCAUCGUCCUCCGGCUCGCCCGUCAUCCAUCCCAAGACCUCAAUCACACUGUCUAUCCCACGCUUCAAGAAGGCGACUAAUGGCGCAGGUAGUGGGUCAGUGUUGGCUUCUCCGCCCAUGCAGGCCAAUGGCAUGCCGGCCUCCAGCCAGAUGCCCGGCAUGCCUGGCGCUGCAUCGCCCUUCCACCUGCCACAGUAUCCCAAGGGCACAUCGAUCUUCCCUCAGUCACCAUCACUUACACAUCAACGGCCCGUUAGACCAGGUGGCGCGAUUGGACAUCACCCAGGAUUGGACAAUGGCAAGGUGAUACUUGAUAACUCGCACGCGGAUGGCGACCAAGGACAUCACGUGCCCAUGGCCAUGUCGGCACCAAUGGUUGGCCAAUCAUUCCCAUACAUGCCCAUGUUCCCUUUCCCGCCAUUCAGUCUCAACAACACGUUGAAUAUGGAAACAACGUUCAGCAGCCCGUUCAAUGGACGUCUGGCGAUCAAGGGAUCGUUUGACAUUGGCUUCCAAGUCGAGGCUUCGUUCAUGGGUCGGACUUUCUCGGGUGUUGUCACUGAUGUUGCUCAACAACAACACCAGCAACAGCAACAACAGCAUCCACAGCCAGCUGUGCCUCGUCCGAUGACCCACUAUGACAUGAACCUUUUUGAAACUUACAGACAAUGGCAGGAAAUGAUGGCCAAGAACCCAAGUCUCCAGACCCCAUCACAGUCCAACAAUGCUCAACAACAACAUGGCUCAUCAUCAUCGAACAAGUCCGCCACCACACAGCCAUCUCCAUCGACCAAGGGACAGUCCAACGGUGGCAAUCACUCGUCAAACUCAACGCCACUGCAGGUGCCCAAGACACCAAACAUUGUGAUCAAUAUAGCCAAGGACGAUCAGGCCCCGCCAUCGAUUGAGACCAACUCCAGCUCAACGUCAGUGUCGCCAUCGCAUACAUCCGUGGCUGACAACCCUCACUUUAUCCAGUACAAGGAGAACGCCUUCCAAAAGCUGGAGCAAUACCAGAAGAUGCAGGUCGUCAACCUUGUGGCCAAGCAGGAUGAAUCAUUGAACGCGCUGCUCGAGCAGUAUGAGAGGGCCCAGGACGAGGCAAAGGGCGACGCGGACAAGCUGGCCAGUCUGGAGAGCAGGUACAUCGAGGACAGUCGAAGGAUGUUGUUGGCACACAAGGAGCAGCAGGCACGAUUGGACACUACACAUGCGCAUCAGUCCUCCAAGUUCCUGCGUGAAUGUGAGCGACAGUGGAGUCUAAAGUACAACAGCAAGUCGUCCUCACCAGGCCAGCUGGACUCGGCGCGAUCCGGCGGUGAUGCAAGGUCGCCCCUUGGCUCGCCCGCUCUCACCCCGUUCAUCUCGCCGUCGCCAUCACCAUCCCCAUCGCUCUCGUCAUUCCUGAGCACCAGUCCCAUGGUCACUCCGGCAUCGUUGCUCAAGGGUAGCUCGCUGGCACCUGGUUCAGUGGGCAACAGUCUAUCUCUCUCACAUCAUAGUAAUGGUGGCAGCGGCGUAGGCGGUGGCGGUGGAAGUGUCAGUGGACCUAACACAAGCCCAUCAAGCGGUGGCAGUGGAGACGUACCUCCCUUGUCCCUAUCAUCAGCCUCUCCUCCACGCUCACCAAACAAUCUAGACAAGUUGGCUCAGUCGCAGCAGCAACACAGUUCAAACAACAACAAGAAGUCACAUCAUGUAGAUGAUUGUGAAUUGAAUGAGGAGACUACAAAUGUAAAUAGGAGUAUCAGUAGCAGUAACAGUAGUAGCAAACAAGCCCAGUUAGCCAUUGUAGAGUCUUCUUCAACAGACAUAGCUUAUAAGUAG